AUGGCGCCGCAUCGGAAGUUGACUGAUGGAGACAAAGCUCACAUACAUAGCAUGCAUGAGGCUGGAUUCCAGACAACUCAAAUCAUGGGGUUCUUUGCUCACUUGUGUGGUGGAUAUCGGAAUGUCAACUUUAUCAGGAAGGAUUUGUAUAACUAUAUGGAUGAUGUUCGGCAAUCCCGCAUUGUUGAAGGGGACGCUGCGGCAGCAAUUAAUUAUCUAAAGGGUAAGACUGAGAUGGAUCCGUUAGCAGUUGUAAAAUAUUCUUACUGCGCUGAGAAGCAUCUAGGUAAUCUUUUUUGGUCAGACGGCCACAUGCAAUAUGAUUAUGAGUGCUUCGGAGAUGUGUUGGCAUUUGACUCCACUUACAAGAAGAAUCUAUACAAUAGGCCUCUGGUUAUUUUUUCUGGUACUAACCACCAUAGGCAGACUAUUAUGUUUGGAUUUGGUUUGCUAGAGGAUGAAAAGAUUCCAUCAUAUAAAUGGUUGUUGGGCUGUUUUUUGGAGGUUAUGCAGAGUAAGGAGCCAAAAGUUGUUGUCACGGAUGGUGACAAGUCUAUGAAGGAGGCGAUUCGGAGUGAGUUCCCUAACGCGACCCAUCGACUCUGUAGCUGGCACCUUGCUCGGAAUGCACUUCAAAAAAUAAAAGAUAGUGAUUUCUGUGCUGCGUUCAAGACAGCUGUGUAUGGCCAUUUUGAUGUUAAGGAAUUUGAAGAUUACUGGGCAGAAGUGGUCCGUAGCUUUGGGUUGGAGGAUAAUGAUUGGAUUGCAAGCACAUACGAGAAAAAGGAGCAGUGGGCGCAUGCUUACUUGUGUGACAAAUUUUGUGCAGGCUUGCGAACAACAUCCAGAUGUGAGGGCAUCAACUCAUCAUUAAAGAAAUUUAUAAAAUCUGGAAAUUGCCUGCUUGAGCUGGUAGAGAACCUCGAUCGUGUUGUGAAAGAUUACCGCAACAACGAGUUCAUUGCGGAUUACAAGUCAUUGUAUACUGAUCCUGUGCUGACAACCGGAUUGGAGUCUCUUGAGCGGUCGGCUAGUAAGUUGUACACAAGGGAAAUAUUCUUCGAGGUAAAGAAACAAAUCGAGAGUGUUGGUGGGAUGAUUGUACUACACAAGGAUAGGUUUGGUAGCACUGAGAAGUUUAUGCUAAGGAAGUUUAGAAAGCCACAUCGUGUUCAUGCGGUGCUGUAUGAUAGGGGUUCUGACAAGUUCGAGUGUUCAUGCAAGUUGUGGAAUACUGUAGGUAUUCCUUGUGGUCACAUAUUCUGUGUUCUGAAAGAGCUGGACGUAGAAGAGUUGCCUGAUCGAUUGGUUCUCAAGAGGUGGUGUAAAGAUGCCAAAUCCGAUAGAAUUAGCACAAUAGAGGUCCAGUCAGAUCCGGACCGGGCAAUCCACGUUAGGUACGGUGCGUUGUGGGCUGCUUGUUCGAAGAUGUGCUUCCUGGGAGCUCAGGGUUCAGAAACCUACAAAAAAGUGGUCAAUGUAGUCGCGAAGACGUCUAACGAGUUAGAGUCCAUGUGCUACAUAGGCAACAAGGGUGGACAGGCACAUCCUGCUGGAAAUGACAUUGACAUUGGAAAUCCUCAUAUCAUAAGGUCAAAGGGUGCUCCUCGAGGCAGCACUCAUGUGAAGAAUGGGAGACGUUGCAGAAGGAAUCAGUUUCCAGGUCGAGGAGAAGCCACAGCCGUGGCAGGAAAAGGGGCCGGGAUACAUAGUAUUUGCAACAAUGCCAAUCAAUGUGGGGUUGUUGGAAAUGAAGUUAAAGUGAUAAUGUUCACUGCUCACUUGGAAAGGCAUUUGGUGUUGUUUGAUAGGGAUUUUGCUGAAUUUUUUGCUUAA